CAAAGUGCAAGACCAGUAGUUGCAUCUGCCACACAGUAAAUACUACACCUUUCAGAAAGUGGUGGGACUAAGAACAACAAGCAGCAGUAACUUUCCAGAGGAAAUAUCAGUUUCAGUGGCUGCCCAGUUGAUCCGUUCGCUCUGUUGUCUGGGAAUAAAGAAGUGUCACAGAUCAUGGCUCCCUGGCCUGAGGUGGAAAAGCCUGAAACCAAUAACUAUAUUGGGGACUCCUCCAAACAAAACCAGAACAUGGCUGGGAAAGAAGGAGAAAAUCACAAAGGCAACGUGGCUUCACUUGGAAAUAAAGGAGAAAUUCAACCUGCGUUUUCCACAAUAGCCUUGAUAGAUGAGACAACUCCAGAAGAAGGUGACCCAUGGGCUCUGCCGGAACUGCAGGACACUGGGGUCAAGUGGUCAGAACUGGAUAGAAAAGGAAAAAUCAUUCGUGUACUCUACGGGAUAGGGAAGUUUAUUAUGCUACUUGGAUUACUCUACUUGUUCGUGUGUUCUCUGGAUGUACUGAGCUCUGCUUUUCAACUGGUAGGAGGUAAAGCAGCAGGGGACAUUUUUCAGGAUGAUUCAGUGCUGUCUAAUCCUGUUGCGGGAUUGGUGAUUGGAGUUCUGGUGACAGUUAUGGUCCAGAGCUCCAGCACUUCUUCAUCCAUUGUGGUCAGCAUGGUGUCCUCCACACUGCUGACUGUUCGAUCAGCUAUUCCUAUCAUAAUGGGGGCAAACAUUGGCACCUCAGUUACAAACACGAUUGUGGCACUCAUGCAAGCUGGGGACAGGAACGAAUUUAGAAGGGCCUUUGCUGGGGCAACAAUCCAUGAUUUCUUUAACUGGCUCGCUGUGUUUGCGCUGUUGCCCAUUGAAGUUAUUUCUGGCUAUCUUUACCAUCUCACCAGUGCUAUAGUUGAAUCCUUUCACCUUGAAAGUGGUGAGGAUGCCCCUGAGUUACUAAAAGUUAUCACAGACCCCUUUACAAAGCUCAUCAUUGAGCUUGAUAAAUCAGUAAUAAAUGCAAUUGCUACAAAUGAUGAAUCAGCAAAAAACAGAAGCCUGGUAAAGAUUUGGUGCAUAACUGAAACCAAUGUGACACUGCAGAAUGUCACAAUUCCACCUUCAGAAAACUGCACAUCUCCUGACCUUUGCUGGACCGAAGGAAACAUGACAUGGACCAUCAAGAAUGUAACUGAAACAGAAUAUAUCAGUAAAUGCCAGCACCUCUUUGCAGACACAGACCUGCCUGAUCUUGCCAUCGGUCUCAUCCUUCUGGCUUUGUCCCUGCUUGUUCUGUGCUCCUGUUUGGUGAUGAUUGUUAAGCUAUUAAACUCUGUGCUUAAAGGACAAGUGGCAAGCGUUAUCAAGAAGACGAUCAACACUGAUUUCCCAUUUCCUUUUACUUGGCUAGCUGGAUACCUGGCUAUGCUUGCAGGGGCUGGUAUGACCUUCGUUGUCCAAAGUAGUUCUGUUUUCACAUCUGCUAUUACACCCCUUGUUGGUAUUGGUGUUAUAAGCAUUGAGCGCUCUUAUCCCCUUACCUUAGGAGCUAAUAUUGGCACAACCACAACAGCUAUACUUGCAGCUUUAGCAAGUCCAGGGAGUACCUUAAAAUAUUCUUUACAGAUUGCCUUGUGCCACUUUUUCUUCAAUAUUUCUGGGAUUAUUUUGUUUUACCCACUACCCUUUACCCGGCUGCCAAUCCGCAUGUGCAAGACCUUGGGGAACAUAACAGCCAAGUACAGAUGGUUUGCUAUAUUUUAUCUUCUCCUCUGCUUCUUUCUGUUGCCUUUGUUUGUAUUUGGUCUGUCACUGGCAGGCUGGCCAGUCCUUUUGGGUGUUUGCCUUCCCCUGUUUCUUCUUUUUAUUGCUGUGGUUGUAAUUAAUAUUAUGCAGUCAAAGCGACCACAUUCACUGCCUGAGAAGCUCCAAAAUUGGGAUUUCCUACCCAUCUGGAUGCACUCCCUAGAGCCCUGGGACAAUAUAAUUAUGUCUUCGCUCUCCUUUUGUGGGAAACACUGCUGCGGCUUCUGCAAGUGCUGCAAAGUCAAUGCAGAACAGGAGGGUGCCAAAGACAAGCAACUAAAAACUAUGGAGGUUUAUGAAAACACCAUUGCGAUGGCUGAUGAAGAAAGAGGUGGAAGAAGGGCACCAGCUGCAGCUUGUGUUGAAAAAACAGGCACAAACAACACGGCCUUAUAGUAGUGGAUCAACCCAUAUUAGCAGAGAUACAGCAUAGAACAGUCAGGCUCUUGAAAACCACCUUGGAUAAUGCACUGAGGACAGAGUGAACAUUUUGUUAGGUUCCUGCAGCCAGUGAUAUAUCACUCAUCGAGGAAUGGAGUCAAACAAGCUUGACAGAGUCCCUAGAAAAUCUAUGAUCAGUUGAAAAGCUAAUGACAGUUUUGCUUACAGAGGAUCUACUAUGUGAUACCUUCAUCCAAUGCUAUCAGUAGCAAACAAAAGAAAUCCUGAUGUAGUCCCAUGAAGAGAGGGAUGAAAGGAGUGGUGAACAAUUCAAACUUAAUUAAAAAACAAACAAACAAACAAUGCACUUGUAGAACAGCCUUUCUGACCUACUGGCUUAUUCAGCAGAAGUUGCUUUAUAAUACCUAAAAAGCUCUGGAAAUGGAAAAAAAAACCCCAACCCCCCCCCCCCCCCCCCCCCCCCCCCCCCAAAUCCUAAUGUUUUCAUUGGCUUGUUUGCAGUGGUCAAAAUGGAAAACAGUAGUUUUCCCAAUAUGGACAAAAUCUAUUCUGUUUGUAUGAAGGAAAACAAGAUGCUGGGACAUCCUUCAGAAGCUCUGGGAGUCCUGCUCUGGCAUAAAGGUGUGCGUAAGCCCAUUUGAGCCUUCUCUGUCUCCUUUAACACUGGAGACCGGAGUUAUAAUCUUUUAUUAUCUCAGGCUAAAGGCCAUGUAAGUAAUUGCUGAUCCCUCUGCCUGCUGAAGGUUAAGCACUGGGUUUGGAGACACUGGGUGGCUACCAAAGGGCUUGAUGAACUCAGGAUGUGGUUGUGUGGCCAUUCCUCUCUCUGGAUGGUCCUCUCCAAUCCUGUUCACCAUGUAACCCCACAAUCAGAGGAAUGGUGCAGGAAGGAGGACAAGUGGCCAGCGUAGGGGAGGAGACAGCCAGCCAAGCCUGGGCUGAUGCCAGGAGAUCUGUGUGCAACUGUGACUCCAUUUGGCUGAGCCACAAAAUGACUUUUCAGAGUAGCGGUGGAGACUGGCUUUAGAGCUACAAAAGAGAGAACCUGGAGAGCAGAUCAUGGCUGCCACGGGACAUAGAGUAACAUUUACUGGAGAGAAAGGAGUGUUCACUCUGCACUAUCACUUUGCGCUCUGAGCCACCCUCAGAAAUAAUGUGAAUUUUACUGGCAAUUGUAUGUAGCAAUCCAAAUCCCAGAUAAUAUCCAUAAGUAGUGUAGUCACUACCCUGUAUAGUCAAUCCAUAGGUAGUGUAGCACUUAGUGGGAAGCUGCUUGUGCUCAAAUCUUAGCGUUACUGAUGUUUUAGUAAAUGCUUGUGAGGCUGCUCUGAAUCAUGGGCUGACAAAAGGCAUAAUUUCAAUGUCAGAAAAAGAGUAUUUCAAAGAUGCACUGAGUACUUCUGCUGGCCUUCAAUAGCUUAGAUAUCAGUGAAUAUGGGAUAACAUCUGAAGUCCAAUGACUAACAUUAAAAAAAAAUCAGCUGGCUGAGUGUAGGCCAAGUGUCAUUUAAAGCCAGUUUACAUGGCUGAGUUGUAGAUUAAAUUUGUCAUGGAAGUGCUGAGAAGACCAUUAGAUUAACGAAGCCACUCUGUGCUGCUAGAACACAUUUACUUCUGAAUAGUUUGUUUUCUGCAGAGCUCUGAAAUUCAGUAGGUUGAAUUUGGCUAUCAGGUAAAUAUGUACAUUUUAGAAGUGAAAAUUGUUUUCAUUUACUUUUAUAAACCAACAUUUAAACUGGCAAACUGUGUUGCUGAAAAUGUGUUUGCAAAUUGCAUUCAUACUGAGAUUCCAACUGUCUCUGUAACUGUAAGCCAGUGACAAAAUGCUUAGAAUCAGAGUGGAUUUCCAAAAGCAUCUAGUUUUGGUAUAGUUCUGCUCUUUUGGGCUUUAGUAGCAAAGAACAGACUUAUGCCAAACUACUCUUUUAAAAAUUAUUUUCCUUGUCCUUCACGUAGUUGAAACAGAAUUUUGUCAGCAUCUCAUUUUUAAAGUGGAAUUUUGAUAUCUUCAGUAAUUCUUCUUCAUUGUAUUCUCGCAAUUCUGGAUGCUUUCAGAAUCUGUUUCUUUAAAUCCCAGUGUGCAAUUCCCAUGCUCUGUUUCUUCAUGAAAAAUAUGAAAAAAAUAUCCAGAAUUCUUUCCAAGUUAUCUCAAGUUUCCAUUGACCACCCACUGAAACAGGAAACAUUUUAAUCUACUUUUACUCAUUUCUUAAACAACGUGCACCUUAUUUUGCAUCUUGAAGUAAAGCCAUCAAGCACAGUGAUAAUAACUGUGGGAAAGCAGUUCUUACAACAGAAUCAGGGUAAUAAUUAAUAGUCAGACAUAUCAGUACUUUAUGGUUCCUCAUUGUAACAUUUCCCCUAUGAUCUAUUGAGUUCUUACUCUCCUCUCUCCUUGCUCCAGGCCAUAUUGUGCCAUUGUUUUAGGCAGAUUCCGACAAAGAUUUCUGUUUAACACUUGACAGCACAACAUGUCCCGGCAUAUUUCCCCCCCUGCUCUUACCAAAAGAUAUUUACACUUUAUUUAUAAUUAUUUGAGUGUACAGAAUUUUUCGUAAGUUAUACAGAAAAAGGCUUGUGAUUGUGUUACAUAUUACGUAUUUGAAAACUAUGCAAUGUUUAUCUAUAAAAAUGUAAAAAGGAACUACUGUAUAUUUUGUAAUAUAACUUUUCAAAUUGUAACUGUGUAUACUGCGUAUUAUGGAGGCUAUUGGCUCCAUCAAUAGGUUACAUAAAGAUUGUUAGCAAUGCAGAGACAGAUUUCUUAAGGUAAAGAUGAAAAACACCUACAUACAUUCAUAAUAUGGCUUAAUGCACAAGGAUAUUGAACUCUACUUUUCUAAAAGAUUUGAAUUUUCUCUAAUGAGGAAUUUUGGAAAUACAAGGUUUCUAAAAUACUUUUUUGAACUCUUAAACACUACAUCACAUCUUUUAACUGUUUUGAGGACAGUAUAUGGCUUUAUACUUUGUCAUGAAUAUUCAUCUUGUCUGUCCUCGUGCACUGAAUGUAAAAAUAAAGAGAAGUUUUAAAAAAAUAAGAUCUUUUAAUAACAUCUGUUUAUAUACAUAUCAUAGAAGCUUGCAGAAAAAUGAGUAUGCAGACAAGUUCUAGUCUGAGCUGAUGCAAUGUACAAGAAACAAGGUUAGCAUCAAGCACUAGAGAAAACCACUAGACACCCGUGUGUCCAAUAUUUUCACAU